AUGCUUUUCUUCUGGAGAAGAUCUGGUUUAAAGCGCCUUUACUGCUGUACAUUCCGCUUGAUACUGGUUGCCUCAAUUUGUCUUUCAAUCGGCGUUUUCGUCUUUAAUAUUCUGCUCGUAAAUCAACGUCCAAGCGUUGUGGAAAAGGAUGAAGAAAGUGUCCUCUCAGAAAAGUUAGACGAAACUCCAAAGUUCUUCGAAGACAAAAGUGAAAAAAUCCCAGUCCUCGCGCAACCGAAGAAAAAGCGACAAAAUCUUAUAAUUGUGGCACAUGGUCGAUCGGGGUCCACGUUUUUGGGAAACAUUUUUAACAAUCAUCCAUCAGUAUUUUAUCUGUUUGAGCCUUACCAAACAGUUGAAAGACUGGUUGCUUUCCAGCCAAAAAACAGCCAAGAAUAUCAUGACUUAGCCUUCAGCUGGAUGAAAGGUAUUUUCCAAUGCAAUUUUGUGUCCUCAAGGCACGUAGCCGAUCUUCAGUCGUAUUAUCGCAAAGAGUAUCCGUCAAACUACAACCCGUUCAAAAGCUUGACACUUCUUCAACCGCCAUUUUGUAUUUAUAACACGACAGAUCCUCGAUGGAGUUUAGAAAGUUGUCCUCCACUCGACCAAGGUACUAUGGAAGACUCUUGUCGGACACAACAUAGUGUGACCGUGGUGAAAGUUUUGAUAUCGAGAAUGCCUGAUACAAAUCUAAAACAGUUGCUGACAAUUUGUGACACGGAUCAAUUUGACUGUAAGUUCAUCUUUCUCGUUCGAGAUCCACGAGGAAUCAUCCCUUCUUCGAAAGCUGUCGGGUUUUAUGGUGAUAAUGACAAAGUUCUAUUGAACGGAACACAGAGGUUUAGCCAAGAGGUUUGUGGUGCCACGUACAAAAAUCUGAACAUUAUUCGAUUCUUGCAGGCACAAAUGAAAAAACGAUUUAUGUUAUUGCGAUACGAAGAUUUAGCUGUGAACCCUUUGGAAAUGCUACCAAAAUUGCUGGAAUUUGCAGGGCUGCCAGAAGACGAAAGCUUAACAAGAUGGCUGUACCUCGCGUCUCAUUCGCCUGAAACGAAGAGUGAACAGUCUGCAGCAAGGUGGCGGCAAGAUUCCAAAGAGGGCGCCGAAAGAUGGCGUUGGAAAGUAAAGUCGUCAAUUAUCUCUGUCAUAGAGCAUUACUGCAAGGACGUAAUGGAGACUCUUGGGUAUAUACCUGUAAAUGGCUCCUACCAGGUCCAAAAAAAUCUUACAAUCAGCCUGCUUGAAGAAUAUUACGACGCGUUACAUUGGUUUCAAUAAAAGCACCAAAUAUGCAUCCUCA